UCUUGCGCAUUCCCAGUUUUCGACGGGACAAGGUUACGAAGAGUUUAGGCUUGACAGAAGGCUUUAGAGGUGCUGAGAGGCAACUAGAUUUAAUUAUUUAUUUUCUGCUUCGGGCGGUAUUUGAGAAUGUUGCGGUUACUCAAAGCUUUUCAAGUCCAAGUUCUUCAUCGAAAACUGCCAUUACAGACAGCUUUGGCAGGACGCUGCCAGUGGAUUCCUGCCCGUUGUGUGGGCAGCACAGCACCCACCAAACCAUCCGAGGAAGGGAAAGAAAAUGAGCCACCUUCAUCCUCCUUGAAAAAGUGGAAAGGUAAAGCUGAAACGGUUAUAAUUGGAGGUGGUUGUGUCGGUGUUAGCUUGGCUUAUCAUCUUGCCAAAGCUGGGAUGAAAGAUGUUGUUUUGCUGGAGAAGUCUGAGCUAACAGCUGGUUCUACUUGGCAUGCGGCUGGUUUAACAACAUAUUUUCAUCCUGGAAUCAAUUUAAAGAAAAUUCAUCAUUAUAGCAUCAAAUUGUAUGAAAGUUUGGAGGAAGAGACAGGACAGGCAGUUGGCUUCCAUCAGCCCGGCAGUCUCCGAAUUGCUACUACCCCGACCAGAGUGGAUGAAUUUCAUUACCAGAUGAACCGGACACGGUGGAAUGUGACACCACAAUUCAUGAUUGGCCCUGAAAAGGUGCUGGAACUCUUCCCUUUGAUAAAUAUUGACAAGGUCCUGGCUGGAUUAUAUAACCCUGGAGAUGGCCACAUUGAUCCUUAUUCUCUCACCAUGGCUUUGGCAGUUGGAGCACGUCUCUAUGGGGCUGAGUUAUACUAUCCUGCUGCAGUAACCGGUCUUUCACAAAGAUCUGAUGGGACAUGGGAUGUGGAAACAGUAAAGGGAGCAAUCCACGCUAAACGAAUUGUGAACUGUGCAGGAUUUUGGGCCCAUGAAGUUGGAAAGAUGAUUGGGUUGGAUCACCCUCUUGUCCCUGUCCACCAUCAGUAUGUCAUCACGUCAACAAUUCCAGAGGUGAAAUCACUGAAACAUGAGCUUCCUGUUCUCCGUGACCUGGAAGGCUCAUACUAUCUUCGCCAAGAACGUGAUGGUCUACUAUUUGGUCCUUAUGAAGAUAAGGAGAAGAUGGUGAUACAGGACUCUUGGUUAACAGAUGGUGUCCCACCAGGGUUUGGAAAGGAACUUUUUGAAUCAGAUUUGGAUAGAAUCAUGGAUAAUGUUGAAUGUGCUAUGGAUAUGGUCCCAGUUUUGAAAAAAGCAGACAUAAUUAACAUAAUAUCAGGACCUAUCACAUACACACCAGAUAUACUUCCUAUGGCUGGACCACACCAAGGUGUACGGAACUAUUGGGUGGCCAUUGGAUUUGGGUAUGGAAUCAUUCAUGCAGGUGGGAUUGGAAAGUAUCUUACUGAUUGGAUCAUGGGUGGAGAACCUGAUUAUGACUUGAUAGAAAUUGAUCCCAAUCGCUUUGGAAAAUGGACAACAAUCAGAUAUGCAGUUGAUAAAGCAAGAGAAUCCUAUGGAUUCAACAACAUUGUUGGAUAUCCCAAAGAAGAGAGAUUUGAAGGACGGCCAACAGAAAGAGUAAGUGGAAUUUAUGAAACGUUGAAAGACAAGGCAUCCAUGGGUUUCCAUGCAGGCUGGGAGCAGCCACAUUGGUUCUACAAACCUGGAGAUGAUGCUGGAUACAGACCUAGUUUUCGCCGAACAAACUGGUUUGAACCAGUCCGUCGAGAAUGUAAACUGGUCAUGGAAAAUGUUGGCGUUUUUGACCUUACACCUUUUGGCAAAUUUUCAAUGAAAGGAAAAGACUCCUCCAAGCUAUUGGACCGCUUGAUUGCAAAUGUCAUUCCCAAGCUGGGUUAUAUAAAUAUCAGUCAUAUGAUUACCCCGAAAGGUCGGGUUUAUGCAGAGGUCACAAUCAGCCAUUUAUCAGAAGAGGAGUUCCUGCUGGUGACGGGGUCAGGGUCAGAGCUCCAUGACUUAAGAUAUAUAGAAGAAGAGGCAACUAAAGGUGGCUAUGAGGUUGAUAUUCGUAAUGUUACUGAUGAAAUCGGGGUGUUGGGUGUUGCAGGUCCAUUUUCACGGAAGGUUCUCCAAAAACUCACAAAAGUAGACUUGAGUGGAACAGCAUUUAAGUUCUUGCAGUGUAAGCCUGUUACAAUGGCUGACAUUCCCCUCACUGCAAUGAGGAUCUCCUACACAGGUGAGCUCGGCUGGGAACUGUAUCACAAGCGAGAGGACACUGCUGCCCUCUAUCAUGCCAUCAUGGAAGCAGGCCAGGAAUUUGGAAUCGACAACUUUGGAGCAUAUGCCAUGAACUCUUUGCGGCUUGAGAAAGCAUUUCGAGGUUGGGGAGCAGAGAUGAACUGCGACACAAACGCCUUUGAAGCAGGAUUGGACUACUUCAUCAAGUUAAAUAAGCCAACAGAAUUCAUCGGAAAACAGGCGUUACAAAACAUCAAGAAAGAGGGGGUAAAACGCAAGCUAGUGUACCUCACCAUGCAAACCGACAAUGUGGAUCCUGAAGGAAAUGAGUCCAUUUGGUAUGAAGGCAAGGUUGUAGGUAACACUACAUCUGGAGCAUACAGUUACAACACACAACAGAGUGUGGCCUUCGCAUAUGUGCCUGUGGAACUCAGCAAAAUAGGGCAGCACCUGGAGGUGGAGCUGCUCGAUAAAAAGUACAGUGCAGCAGUCGUCCAAGAACCUUUGGUAUUGACGGACCCAUCUCGGGCUCGAAUGAAGAAGAAGAAGAGUGAAUCUUCAAAUGUUUGAUGGAAAGUAUUCUUAGUAAAAUGAAAGUAAUCCUGAAAACUGGAUCAAAGAAUUAUGUCAAUGCUGUAAGAUAACAUUGAAACAACGUAACUCUUAAGCUCUUUAAAUGUGAAAUGUAAGUAGAGAGUUGGGAAUUUGUAAGUAAUUUUAAUCAGUUACUUUUGCAAUCUCCCUCUGUUUAACUAAUAGGGACAUCUAUUUUACAAAUACAGUGGAAGUAUUGGGUUAUAUUUUAACAAACAGUAUAUGGUAGGAACCAUAUUUAUUGAGCCGUGCUUAAACUUGGACUUCCAAUCACCAUGGAUCCCGUGUGUGCGCAUGCAAAGAUGCUAACUUCAGCAAAAUGCCUUGCAGAAAACAUCAUGUACUCUCACUGAUGUUCUAUAACAGAGUGUUAAUCUUUCCCAUUAUAUGCACAAUAGGAAAAUAUUCCCUCAGUGUCAACAAAACACUCUUCAGCCCUAGUCUUAUUGUCAUCCAAAGUGUUGAAAUCAAAUCCAGCUCCAUCACUUUUGCUCGCAGCUUGUUCCACGUUCUCAGCACCGAGUGAAGAAGUUCCCCUUAAAUAUUUCACCUUUCACCCCUAACCUAUGACCUCUAGUUUCAGUCUCACCCAUUCUCAGUAGGAAAAGCCUGUAAUUAAUCAUUACUGAUUAUUAAUAACUAAUAAAGACUGAAUAAUUAAAUAAUUAAUGCACAAAGAAAUAAACAGCUGAUGCUGAAUUUGGCUUUAACUUUGUAGAUGCUGGUGGGGGUCACAUUUCAGAACAUGAAUCUGAUGCCUAUGGAAACGUUCAUUUCUAUAACCACAACCACAGACUCUUUUAAGUGAAAGAGUUUACAGUAUUUCAAAGUUCAAGUUCAUAUAAGAUCAAAUAUUCACAACAUUAACUUAUUUCAGCAGCUGUCUGGAAUAAACUUCAAAUAAUACUCUUAUUCAGUGGUCUUCUGUGUUGCAAUUUCUGCAGUUAUUGGAUGAGCGAGAGCCAAGGAAGUGCCAAGGAUGGAUACAUUAAAUUGAAAUUAAUUUAAAUUCCACUAAUGGCAUUGUUGAACUGAAAUGUAUUAAUGCAAAAUAAAUUAUUGUGCUUUCUAAAUCCAUUCUGCAAUAAAUAACAACAAUAUAUUUUUAAGUAAUUUGUCAAUAAAUGACAAUGAAAACAAGUCAUUUGAAAGCCUGCUUUUCUGAUAGAAAGUUAAAGGGGACUGUGGUAAAUGACUUACAGGGUUAACUACGGGUAUGCUUCUCAACAGCAAAACAUAAAAGUUAGAGAACUUGAAGAAUGAUAGGGACAACUUAUAUGUGUUCUCUUAAUCAACUUGUAACUUUAGUACUAUAUAUAAUUUUCUCACUUGAGAAUUGUUAACAAGUUGUAACACUUUUUUUGAAACUGGCCAUACUACUGUGAAUGAUAUGAUUACAAAAAAUAGUAUGGAAAAUAAUGGAGGUAAGAAAUCUUUAUUUGUAAUUCAUAGUAUGAAAUGUGAACUAUGUAUCGUUAAAUGGAAUG